UUGAAGAGACCUGUUCAACAAGUACUUUUGUUAAACACAAACAUGUGCCUCGUUUGCUACCGGUUACAAAAAAUGAUUUCCAAUACAGACCCUUGAUCUUAGUAACCCUAUAUAAUAUUUUAUUCCGGUUCAGAACUUGACAGAUAAAAGGGUACCGAAUGAAUUAUGUUAUUUGAUUUAAAGGCUGGUAAAUUUUACAUUACCCAGAAAGAUAACGGGCAGUGAUAUAACAACAGUCAGUAAAACAAAAUCAGAAAAUGGAGGAAAAUGAGUGAAAAUACAACAACCUGUCCUGAUACACCCUCUUGCGAAAACGAUAUAUGUAAAACUGCCAAUUACAUAUGGAUGAUAAUAUCACCUGUUUUACUUGCAUUUGGACUAAUUGGGGGACUUCUGAUCGCUAUUGUGUUGAUUCGGAUCAGAUUCCAGACAACUCCUUUGCUGUUCUUUUUGUUUACCCUGGCAAUAACUGAUAUGGUCAUCCUGUGUGUUGGUCUUCUAAGGUUGUGGGUACUGGAAACAUGGCAGAUCGACAUCAGAGACCUGUCCAAUGCUGGGUGUAAACUCCUUCACUUCUUCGUUUAUUUUUCAAUGCAGUAUUCUUCAUGGAUACUCGUCUGUGUGACUGUCGAACGUUUUAUCAAAUGUAGAUAUAUGAGAUAUACUUCAAUGGUUACAGUUAAGAAAUGUAUGGCAUCUCUGUCAGUUAUUUUCGGUGUACUAGGAAGCCUAAACUCGCAUUAUUUCUGGACACACGGUUUUAUCUUGUCCGAAUACAAUACCACUGUAUGCGGUGUAUUGCCAGAAUACGAAACAUUCGAUGAAUGGUACAUAAAAAUCGACUUCUUCAUUUUAAGUGUAAUACCGUUUUGCAUAAUGGUAUCCCUAGAUGUUAUGAUCCUGAGGAGUUUGAAAAAUGCUCGUGCGUUCCGGAAAACUUCAAUAGCCACUUCACACAUGUAUAACAAAUUGAAAACGGUUGACAAGAGGUUGACAAAAAUGUUGUUGAUUACCAAUUCGUAUUUCUUGUUGUCAACACUACCGGUGUCUGUGUUGUUUAUCCUCACAAUUUAUAUCUAUAGACAACAAGAGCCUGUGAAUUCAAUCUUUUCACUGGUUGGUAGUAUAGUGUACACUUUACAGUACAGUAAUUAUGCAGUGAGCUAUAUUUUUUACACGGUGUAUGACAAACGGAUAAGAAGACAACUCAAGCAAAUCAUAAGAGCAACCAAACCAAGGUUUAGAUCACAUGGAAGUCAAUACACCAUGGAUAGCUGUUCCACGGAAAUUCACACCGUUUCUAGCUCAGUAUCAAUAAAAAGUGUAUCGCAAAAAUAAUUAAAGAACAAGGAAAGUUUAAUCUUCCACGCGUUGCCAGUUAUAUGAUUAAUUUUGAAUGCAAACAAGGACAUGAUUUAAAAACUGAUUUAGUAUUGAAAAAAAUCUCAUGUAUAUCAGGGUAGAUAUAGACAGGUAGUUUCGAUUCUAAAAUUAUUUUCUAGUAGGGUACGAUAAAGCAAUCUUUGAUUAAGAUAACGUAUCAAACCUACUCAUUUAAAACACAGUUUUUGUCGUGACAGCAUGUCAAGCUGAAUUUAUGGUUGCAAGGUCCUGUGAAGCUUUGUAGGGUUUGUAUAUUACCUGGAAUCAAAAUGUAUGGAAAAUAGAUUGUAUUGGUUACCAUGAACUGUACGAGAGAGAGAGAGAGAGAGAGAGAGAGAGAGAGAGAGAGAGAGAGAGAGAGAGAGAGAGGGAGAGAGAGAGAGAGUGUGUGUGUGUGUGUGUAUGUUGGUAUUUGAAAAAACGUACGGAGUUGAAAAAGUAAAAUUCAGCAUAGGUUUUGUUUUGAAAUUAGUGGUGUAGUUCAAGAUGUUUUUUGUGUGCAUGUUUUUAACCAUUAUUUGUAGAUAUUCACUAAAAAUGAACGACUACCCACUCUUGCAAAGUGUCAUCAGACCUAAGAUUAAUUUCAGUGAGGUUUUAUCAUUUUAUCUAUACAUCUAUAAAAAUAUAUAUUGACCAUUUGGGUAAAAUUAUCAUCAAAUAAAUUAUCAAAUGAAAACUUUCUAAUUCAACAAUUCUUUCAUUCGCUGUUGUAUUUAAUUUAUAUAAGGUUUUGGUGGAAAAUAAUUUGAAGAUUAUUUUAUGAUGCAAUAUGAAGACUUGAAACUCUUAAAUUGCAUACGUGCGAAAUUACUUUUAAAAAAUGGUUUAAGCUUAUCAUUUCUCAUUGGUUAUUUCUAUCACAGUUUGUGAACUGUCAAUCGAUUGUAGAUAUUGUUUAAGUUUCAAACAAAUAAUUAAGUUGUUAUAAUCAUAUAUUAUUCACUGAACAAAUAUACAUGGCCACCAAUCGUCCAAUCAGGCUCUUCGUGACUUUAAAGUGUUGUACCCUUGGUCCUCUAUAUACCCGGAAGCGACCGAGUUUCUCUCUGGGGGUAUGGACAGUUGCGCAAUCUACUCUCUGUUUUCUUGACAGUAUAUUAUGAAAGUAAAAAUUUAAAAGAGGUUACAGCAAUGUAAUCGAAAAUUCUCUUUUUUCAAAAAAUACUGAAGUGACAACGAUAUGCAUAUUUUUGUCAUUGUUGAUUGUAUUUUCUCUCAUAAAUAAUGACGUAAUAAGGUUAGAAGACAACUAGGUUUUGACAAAUGACAUAUUAGUAAAGUUCAAUUUAACUUGCGUUGUUUGUCAUCGAAACUUGCUGAAUUUAAGUUCUAUCUUCUAAGACAGAUGAACCAUUUUUGUUUAAUGUUUAAAGGGGCAUGGUCACGAUUUUGGUCAAAUUUUAUUUUUCUGUUUUUAUUAUUUGCAGUGCUUUAGGAAUGCAUUUCUAAUGAUCAAAUGACAUUUGGGUGCCAGUCUUUAAGUUUUAAGCAAGAUACAGGGCUUACAACUCUUCGUCAUGUAAACAUGGUUCGUGCCCAGUUUUUGUUUACAUAGGUUCAAUAUACCGGUAAAAAAUCUUUUUAAAGCUGGUUUGUUUAUUUCAUUAUUCAUUUUAAGUAUAAAUAAACAGUUCCUAACGAUUAACACAUUCAUGUUAGGUCUAAAACUGGAAUUUUUACUUCAACAUUCAAAAUGUAAACAAACGCUUUGUUUGCAUAGCGAAGAAUAUGAAGCCCUGUAACUCGCUUGUGACUUAUC